AUGUUCCCAAGCAAUCGCAUUCACUCAGCAAUUAUGCUCUUCCCGUUGCUAAUUCUUGCCUUCGAUGCCUUGAUCGCCGUUAAUCCCGUUUCAGCCAACCAACCUUACAAUGUUAAUAGUAACCUGUCCUAUCAAGAUGAUCGAAAACGCGACUUUCGAAACUUUAAACUGAUCCGAAUAAAUCCAAGAAACAAGGAAACUUUGGCCUACUUGAAACAUCUGUAUCAGAACAGCUCACCGUAUGAGCUUGAUUUCUGGCAACCUCCGUCGCAUAUCGGCGGUCUGGUUGACGUCACAGUUUCGCCAGAGGAUGCACAGAUCUUUGUGCAUGACCUCGAAUCCAAAAAAAUCGAAUUCAUCGUAGCCAUCAGUGAUCUGCAGCAGGCAAUUGAAAGCGAACGAAGUGGCACGAGGCGAGAAUCGUUUAGUGAUGGCUCACUUCAACUUGACAAAUACAAUCGCCUUUCAGAAAUCGAAGAGUAUUUGAAAAAACUUAGAGACGAAUAUCCUGAAAUAGUUACACUGAUUGAGAUCGGCAAAAGUCACGAAAACAGAUCCAUCACAGUAGUCAAGUUGACCGGGAAGAGAAGUUUUGGAACCAACGUUUCUUUUUGGAUUGAUGCCGGAAUCCAUGCUCGCGAGUGGAUAGCUCCAGCCGUUGUACUAUCUGUUAUUGAUGAGCUUACUCGAGGUUACUCUCGUGAUCCUGUCGUUCAAAACAUUAUGGAUUCCAUAGACUGGUACAUUCUGCCAGUUAUGAACCCAGACGGAUAUGAAUAUACACACACAAAGAACAGAAUGUGGAGGAAAAACAGGAGACCAGCUCAAUGUAAAAGAAACUACUUCCAUACAGUAUGUUGCGCUGGAGUUGAUUUGAACAGGAACUUCGACUGGUUUUGGGCCUCUACUGGCUCAAGCACUGACCCCUGUCACGAGACUUACCAUGGACCAUCUGCGUUCAGCGAACCAGAAACAAAAGCCGUCAAAGAGUUUUUAGAAAAAAAUACCCCGGAAGCUUUCCUUACAUUGCAUUCUUAUUCGCAAAUGUGGCUUAUACCAUAUGGACAUCGCAAAAGAUCAUACCCUCAAGACUACUCAACAGCUCUUAAGUCCUUAGCGGUGAGAGCAACAAAGGCCUUGCAAAAGUUGCACGGAACCCGAUACGCUAUCGGUACAGGAGCGGACCUGAUGUAUGAAGCCUCAGGAGCUUCACACGAUUGGGCAAAAGGUCGUCUUCACGUUCCUUACGCAUAUCUUGUCGAACUUCGUCCUAAAAAUACAAUUUUUGGCAACGGAUUCUUACUACCUGAACGAGAAAUUCAACCAACAGCUGAAGAGACUUGGGAAGCAAUAAAAGUUGUGGCUGACGAACUCAUUGGUCAAUUCGCUCAGCCAAAAAUACGGGAAAUGCUGCUAAACAGAACCAUCAUGAAUUUUGGCAAAAUUCGAAUCAAUGUUAAACUCUCCAAACCAAAUACUCUAGGAACGACGACGGGUCCCUACCCUACACAAACUAGCCAAACGACACUGAGACCAAAAGGAGCGGAAACUUUAUCAACACAAACGGUAACAAAGACUACUGAAGAACCAAGUACUACAUCGACACAAGCAGUAUCAACUGCUGGAACACCAAUUAUCCCUGUAGAAGCAAUAAGCUCAAAUAAACCAGUUACAACCGAAGUAAUUUACCGAACUACAACCACAGGACAGAUCACAUCCCAAGCCCAGACAACCACAACUACCACUGACUCCCCACUUACAACACGAAGCACCACUUUUGCAACCACAACCACCAAUCCGACAACGACGACAACGACUACAACAGUUCCAACCACAACUACUUCUAUUACAACUACAACUACUUCACCGACCACAACAACCACUUCUACAACAACGGCAACAACAACUGCAACGCCUACGACCACAACGACUUCGACUACACAGACGACAACAACGUCAACGACAACCACAGCACCAACAACAACUACCACAACAACAGCAACAACAACAACCGCUUACACGACGACAACCUCAACUACUACAAUGGCACCAACAACCACAACAACUGCGUUAACUUUAACAACAACAACAACAGCGUCGAGUACAACAACAACAACAGAACCGAGCUCAACAACGACUGAACCUGCAAGCACUACGUCGGAGAUGAAUACAACUGUCGCAGAAGUUAUGACAACAACGGCUGCAACUACUUUCACCACGGAGUCGAGUACAACAGAACUUACACCUGUCGCAGUAACUGCUGUAGAAACUCUUUUGCCAGAAACCAUUACGACGACGGUAAAAACGACAACACAGUUACUAACAACUACAGCUGAAGCAGGUACCACACCCACACUGUUGCCAUUUACAAACGUACCGACAGUGCCUGUGACAACAGGUAACUCAACAACUGUUCGAUGCGUCGACUACGGCGUUUAUUGCAAGUGGUGGAAAAUACAUGACCUUUGUCGGUUACAGCGAGUACAAGUAUUAUGCGCUUUCUCUUGUAACAUUAUCUGUUCUAGCAAAAAAUCUUCAAGAAGCUAAUU